AUGGGAAUGAGAGUUGUCCCCAUUCUCUUCUUAAUCUAUAUAUUCGUUCCUUCGACAUCUCCCAUUUCCUUUGACAAUUCUUGUAACAGAACUAGAGUAGUUUUAACUCAAUCUUGGGGAAUUAUUUCUGAUGGACCUUCAAAACAAAAUUAUACUGAAGAUUCACACUGUCUAUGGUUAAUAAAAGCAAAUAGUUCAGAACAGUUUAUUACCCUGAAAUUUCACCUAAUUGAGACUGAAUGCUCUUAUGAUUACGUCUUUGUAUAUGAUGGAUUUUCAUUUAAUUCAAAAUUACUUGGAAGUUUUAGUGGUAAAACACAACCUCAAGAGGUUGUUGCCAGAUCUGGUUUUAUGCUGAUUUUGCUGUAUUCCGAUACAAAUUAUGCAUUAGGAGGGUUUAAGGCUGAGUAUUCCAUUACGGAUUGUAAAUCAAAUUGCAGUUCAAAUGGAGUAUGUAUGGCAGGUAUAUGCAUUUGUGAUUACGGAUGGGAAGGUGAAGACUGUAUGAAACCUGACUGCCCUAAGAAUAAUUCUCAUCCAGAUUGUAUAGUUGCUACAACACCGAUUGGUUCUAACAGCUGGAGAAAAUUGACGAGUGAUGCAUUACUUCCACGAGCUGCUCAUACGGCCGUGUACUUAUUAGAAACUGACUCUCUUUACAUAUUUGGUGGUUACAAUCUCAACGAAGCUUUAGGAGAUCUCAUUGUUUUCAAUUUUCACUCUGGUUUAUGGGAAGAUGAUAAAGGAAAGGUUGUUGAUAAUUAUUCAAAACCAUCUGAACAUCUUGAUGAAAAAGUUUUAAAAGCUGUCUUAGAUACAGUUCGACAAGAUCCAGAUUUGCGUCUUAAACCUAAAACAUUUUUACAGCAUGUACUUUCAUUGAGUUUAACAGAUAAUAGGACUUUAACAUCAAGACAUCAUGAGGAUAGAAAUUAUCACAGAAGGCAAUCCACUCGAGUUAAAAGAAACGAAGAUGAUGUUGGUGAACAGGAAUCCUUGGCUAGACCAUCUGCCCGCUACGCCCACGCAGCCUCGGAGUAUAAAGGAGGAUUUGUUAUUUAUGGUGGCCAAACAGAUAUUGGUCUUUCGGGAGAACUUUGGUAUUAUUCAGUGAAAGAUAAGCGCUGGAGUUUGCGAGCCAACAAGUCACAGCUAUCUCCUCCCCCUCUCGCAAGGCAUACGCUGACCCUCGCUCACAAUGACUGGGUUUAUCUUUUUGGUGGCAGCACGUCCGAGGGUCUCUUCUCUUCAUCUCUAUAUCGUAUAAAGCUUACUGUUGCAAAUGGCACUGAAGAAUGGGAAGUUGUCAAACCGAGAGGUGGAAAAACUUUAGAUUUACGAUUAGUUGGCCAUACAGCUCUUUACGAUCCUAACUCUGGUUCUUUGAUAGUAACUGGAGGUCUUGCUGCUAGUGUUGCUAGAUUUUCAAGAUUAUCUGACAGAAUAUUUUCAUUUCAUAUUCCUUCAAAGACUUGGACCUCAUUAGAUUAUCCUAGAGCUGUACAACGUGAUAAUUAUGUUCCUGCUGGUAGAGCUUUUCAUACUACUGUAAGAAUUGGCAACUACAUGGUGGUGUUUGGCGGCUACACUCACAGGCACAACAAAGAAGAGAUAUGCUAUGACAAUCAACUCUAUUUAUACCAUUUGGGGUGCCACACCUGGGUCAGUCAGGAAAUACUUGGACCAAAUCAAACAGGCUCUACGUAUCCCAAAAAACAAGGAAUGUUUGCACAUGCUGCAGCUUUGAGGAAUGGAGAUAACAUGAUUUUAGUUGGUGGAUAUCACGGAAAUGUAAAUUCUGAUCUUUUAGUGUAUGCAUUUCCUCGAACAUUAGCUUUAAAACCUGGAGAUCCUUAUGAACCUGAACAACUAUGUGCUAGGCACAAAAAUUUAGCAGAGUGUACUUCAGACCCAGAGUGUGGAUGGUGCACCGCCCCUGAGACUUGCUACGGGCGUACGCUGGGAGUGAACUGCACGACCAAUUUGCUGACCACUCGCUGCCCAGGUAUCUGCCCUGCCUUGGACUCCUGCCAGGCCUGUCUCCUCCAAGGGUCCACUCAGGCCCCGACCACCUCGUCGGUCGCUCAGAAACUGUCCCUCGGGCAGUGCGUAUGGUGUGUGCACAAUGCUAAGUGCCAUCAUGUACAUGAUACUUUUGGAGUGUGUGGAGUUUCCGAAGAGACGCCUUCUCAAGUUCCUGGUUGGUGGGGCGAUAAAGGUGUUGAGAUAAUAGAUCCAAAAGAAUGUAAAGCUCUGGACAGGCGACCAGGACUAACAUUCAUAAAAUAUUUACAUCCUGCCAACAUAUCUCAACCUGAUUAUGUGAGCAUCAUAAAUUCUACGUCUGUAGACUUCAAUAUUGGUCCGAGCGGUCGCAUUGAGCAAAGGUUAAGCAAGAAAGGUUUCAUCACGGCUAGCCUUCGUGGCUUCUUAAGAAUACCUGAAAAUUGGCUUCAUAAAGAAGAAGAGCUAAUGAUGUGUGUUUCAUAUUCCUCUGGCACUCUUAUGCUUGGCUAUGGCAAUACAUCUGUAGAAUUAGUUGGAAACUUGAGUUCUGAUGCACACGAGUGCAAAACAGCUGUUUGGAGCAAUAUUAAGGAUAAUUCCAUGAGCUCAAGACCAGUCACACUGAAGCAUGGUUCAUAUGAAAUAGAUUUCGAGGCAAAAAGAUCUGUCAAGAACGAUGAAAUACCCUCAAAUUCUAAAAUGGAGCUUAUUCAUAGCAACAAAACCAACUAUAAAAUGAGUGAAAUGUCAAAGGUGUUUACCUUUGAAUAUUUACAAUCUUAUGAAGGGACUGAACCUUGCACAAUUUAUACAAAUUGCCUUGCGUGCCUUACAGAUUCUAAGUGUGGUUGGUGUCCUCUAACUAGCUCUUGUCUGGAUAGAUCAGUUAAUGAAACUCAAAUUUGCCGACUUGAUGGCGAAUGGCACUAUCUCACCCUUAUGCCAAGAACGUGUGAUAACUGUAGUAAUUUUAUCACUUGUUAUUCAUGUAUCGAAAGUGGAUUGUGUGAGUGGUGGUCAGAUGAAGCAAAAUGUUCACGAAUUGGCCGGUCACAAAAUGGUGUCAAAGCUGUUGAAGAUUGUCCAGCUGCUUGUCAUCUUAGGAACGAUUGUUCUCAGUGUUUGGAUGGGAAUGGUCGUUGUGUCUGGUGCGAAGCUACACAGGAAUGUUUUUCAUUUUCUGUCUACACUUCACAAUAUCAGUUUGGUAAAUGCCGGCAAUGGGUGGACCUUAGAGGAAGGUCUGCCGAAGAAAGCUCAGCUUGCCAGCCUUGUUCCGCCCAUUCCAACUGUUCGUCUUGCUUAAAGUCACUUGGUUGUGGCUGGUGUUACGAUUUUGAUAAUCCAAUUGUGGGAGUUUGUGCCCCUGGAGAUUUUAGUGUUGCUAAAGUUGAAAGUUGUGCUGAUGAGGUGAAUAAGCGGUACAAUACAAGCCUCUAUCCUGAAGACGCUGCAUGGUCUUACGAUGAGUGCCCAGAUGUUGAUGAAUGUCAGCAGAGGCUCCAUGAUUGUCAUGAGAACGCCAAGUGUACCAACACUCAUGGCUCUUACAGUUGCCAAUGCAAGAGAGGAUUUAUUGGUGAUGGAAAGAAGAGCUGUGUUAAAACGUGCUACAACAAAUGCGUGCACGGUUACUGCUUAGGAGCACCACAAUACACUUGUCAUUGCGAUCUCGGUUGGCACGGCAUUGAUUGUUCUCUCAAUUGCGGUUGUAACAACCAUUCGACUUGUUCGAAGGGAGUCAAUGUGUGCGAUAGUUGCCAGAAUUGGACCACAGGAGAGUUCUGUCAGUUUUGCAAAGCUGGUAGUUAUGGUAAUGCAACAUCUCCUGAUGGUUGCAAAAGAUGUAAUUGCAAUGAUCACGGUUCAGAGGAGUUGAAUAUCUGUGACCCAGUUACAGGUGUUUGCUAUUGUGAGGAUAACACUAUCGGAACCAACUGUGACAAAUGUAAAAAAGGUUAUUAUGGAGAUCCAAGGCGAGGAGGAACUUGUUACUACCAGUGCAUGUCUCGGGGUAUGGUGUCGCCCUCUGAAGCGAGGGGGCUUGGCAGUAAGUUGGCAGAAAUGAGCAUUUGGGAAUCGAGGCAAGGCCAUCCCCCGACCAGAGAGUGCUUAUGGAUUUUGAAAGAAGAAAAACAAUCGUUAGAAAAUAAUGUCAUAGAACUUACUAUUGAUGGUAACAUACAAGUCCCAUGUACAGAGAAUUCAGUUUAUGUCUACGAUGGACUCCCGAAAUUUGUUUCUGCUUCUGGGAACCACCAAAGCCAAGUGUUGGGUGUCUUUUGUAGUCAGGAUAAUCAGAAUCCCAUUACAGUUCAAGCUAAGUCAGGAGUGAUGACUGUUCAUUUUAAAAUGGAAGGGGAGUCAAAAGGAGGAUUCAAUGCUACAAUAUCCGUCCUCUCCUGCCCAGAUAAGUGCCCUUCAGAACAUGUUUGUGUGAAAGGGCAGUGUGUUUGUCCUGAAGGGGCUGCUGGGCCGUUGUGCAACCUCGUAGCCUGCCCUAACAACUGCAGUUCUCAUUUGAAACGUGGUCAAUGCGAUAAGGAAUAUGGCAGAUGCUUAUGCGUUGACGGCUGGGGAGGUCGUGAUUGUUCCAUUGCUUUAUCACCUCAUCAGUUGAUCUUCACCGAGCUCUUUAAUUCAGUGCUUUUGUCUGACUCAUUGGAUCACUUGAGAAAAAUGCUUCCUCGCUUUGGACAUUCUCUUUUGGCUGACAGGAGGUCUUCGCUGUGGAUGUUUGGAGGCUAUUCUCUUUCCCAUGGGCCUCUCAACGAUAUAAGGCUCUUCGAUACAAAAAAUAACACCUGGAUGCAGGUUACGAUCGAUUCAACGAAUGAUGCACACAUGCCUCAAGGGAGGUACUUCCACGCUGCUGAAAUUUCACUUUCGCGGAAAGAAAUUUUUAUCCACGGUGGCUUGACAUCUGCAGAAGCUGAAGAAGGCACUCUUCAAAACACUACAUUGACUGACUUUUGGAAAUUUAGAUUAAAACCCAGACAUUGGAUUGAAAUUGAGAACGAUGUUGUACCACCUGGUCUCGCUGGGCACACACUAACGCUGAGGAGAGUUGGAGAAACUGAAAUACUCUUACUAAUCGGCGGAUUUUCUCCAGAAUAUGGUUUCCUUGAUGUAGUUUGGGAAUUCAAUCUUGAAACUGACAAAUGGUCCAAGUUAAAAACAUCAGGAAGUGGUCCAAUAGGAGUAUAUGGCCAUAGUACAGUUUAUCACGAGCCUACCGAUAGUUUUUAUCUUUUUGGAGGGUAUGUUUAUGGAGUAAACAGAACACAUAUAUCUGACAAACUAUAUAUAUUUCAUUAUCCAACAAAAACAUGGUCUCCAUUACCAACGUUUUCUCAAUACAAUCCGUCAAGGCUCAAUACACCUAGGGGAAGAUUUUUACAUUCUGCUAUUACUACUGAUGAUUAUAUGUUGAUAUUUGGUGGAAGGACUGAAAUGCCAUCUAUUCCAGAGCCUCUUGUAGCAUAUUCGUAUGCUUGUAAUCACUGGAUUAAAUUGUCUGCAAAAGAUGUUGAAAUGGUUGGAGAAAUACCACCAGAGACUUAUUCACACGCCAUGACGUUAGAUUUGGAAGCAUCAACUGAAAAGCAAAUAGUUGCCUACGUAAUGGGAGGAUUCACCGGAAGGCCAGAGUCUCAUGUUACUAGGAUCAUGUUACCAGCUGAUCUUUGUACGCUUUGGAGUGGCAAAGAAAAGUGCAGAUCGUUCGUGGGAUGUUCGCAUUGUGAUGUAAUAUCUGGCGGAUCUAAUUCCAGUUAUUGUUAUUCUACACAUCGUGGUAGACAAAAUGAUCCAUGUCAAAACUUGAAUGGCACUUCUAAAACUUCUAAUGGUAUUUUUUGCAAUGCAACUUGGAUUUUAGCAAGAUCUUGUCAGCAGUUUACCUCAUGUUCAGAUUGCCUUGCAAAAUGGCCCAAUGAAGAAGAACAGGUUUGUAAAUGGUGUAGUUCAUGUGGUGGUGGAGGUAAAUGUAUCUCUGUUAAUGGUGAAUGUUCCAAAGAAGCGAAAUGUGGCCCCGGAGAGUCCAAUUCCUUCCAGUUCUGUCCGGAGCAGUCCUGCCCCGCUUCGGACUGUGAGAAAUGUCAAACUAUUUCUAAUUGUAUUUGGACGAGACAGGUCAUGAAGACUGGAGAUGAAGGUGGAGUUAAAAUAUCAGCAAACCCAGUUUAUGACUGGAAUUGUGUACCUCGGGGCAUAUCGGAUAGAUCUAGCUUAAAACUGCGGGCUGAAGGAAGUUGUCCGAAACGGUGCUCAGAGCUCAGGGAUUGCCAUUCAUGUCUCCAGUCUCAGGGAGGAGAAGGAGACUGGCACGAAUGUCGUUGGUCUACGCGCUUGUCUGAAUGCAUUUCACCAAGUUACCAGAACCUCGUCUGCGCGGGCAGCGUCUGCGGACUAGUCCUCUCCCGCGGCGCCCUCUGCCCUCAGCCAUGUGCUGCCUUCGAUCGUUGCUCCAAUUGCCUCAAGCAUGCACACUGUGGCUGGUGUGCUCUAUCCAAUCAACAAGGAGAGGGAGUUUGCUCCGAAGGUUCACUUGAUUCUCCUAUAUCUGGCCCGGAGACUGACACAUGCGAAGGCUUGUACUCUCUCAAACCUAACAAGAGCAAUGACACUACUGGUGGCUUUACAUGGCACUAUGUUUCUUGCCCUCCUGAAGAUGAAUGUGCUGCAAAUAGGCAUUCUUGUGACCCAGUUUCUGAAACUUGUAUUGAUCAAGAAGAUGGUUACAAAUGUAUUUGUGCUAAAGGUUACAGCGACCAGGGAGGUGACUGCGUUCCUGUGUGUAGCCAGGGUUGCGUUAGGGGCCGUUGUACCGCCCCAGAUACUUGUAAAUGUGACUUUGGCUACGUCGGUUCAAACUGUUCAAUACAGUGCUUGUGUAAUGGGCACUCGGACUGCCUCGGUCCUGAUAAGCUGGAUGAAUGCCUCGAUUGCAAGAACAACACGCAGGGUCCUCAGUGCUCACGUUGCAAACCACUGUUUGUUGGAGACCCAACGGACGGAGACUGCGUACCAUGUUGGGACUAUUGCAAUGGCCAUACAGACAUAUGUGCCAACGAAACAGUACCUGAACACGUAUUAAGAAACAAAACCAUAGCUGAACUUGAAGAAAUUUUAAUAGAAGGUCCUACUACCAAAGCCAAAUGUUUUCACUGUACUAACAUGACCAGCGGUGACAAAUGUGAAGAAUGUAUAUCAGGCCAUUUCAGAGGCGUGGAAGACCUGAGGGCCCAUUGCAGACCUUGCCAAUGCCAUGGCCAUGGAGACACCUGUGAUCCUGUAACUGGGGAAAAAUGUAACUGUGGCAACAAUACAGAAAGUGAUUCCUCUUGUUCUGGCAAAGGAGAAGCUCAGUGUUGGGCUCUUCAGUGUUCCAAAUGUAGGGAAAGUUUUCUCGGUACCCCAACUGGAGGACAUCAGUGCUAUAGGGGGAUGAGCGUUGACUUGAAGUUUUGCUUGGAUGCCAAGUUAAUUGAAGAGUGCAAACUGAAACCUAAACCAUUAGCACCUGGCCAAACGGUAUUCUUUGUUGUUCAACCGAGAUUUAUGAACGUCGACAUCAGGAUAACAAUUGAUAUUACGCAGGGGGCCCUUGAUAUGUACAUUAGCCCAAAGGACGAUACCUUUGUAGUCGAAACGAAUAGCUCUACUGGUCAUCAUCUUAUCAAACUAGAUCCUAAGUACAGAAAUAGCUCUGAAAUGCCAAUCGACUUUGAAGCUGGUAUGAACAUCAGCUCGCCAUGGUCAACAUUAAGCCACACUAGGGUGGAUUCUGUUAUCGAAAAACACGCUAAAGGCCUAGCGUCUUAUAUCACCCUCGCUAGUAAGUCUUCUGUUUUGAUUGUUCGCAAUCUGACUGACAGGCUGGUCAUUACCCUACCACAAGACAAGCAUGAACUGGGAUCUACUCGAUUCUUCAUAGCUCUCAUUGCCACCUCACGUCCAGCAUAUGGAACUAUAUUUUUUCGACAAGAUCAACUCCAUAUCGAUCUUUUUGUUUUCUUUUCUGUUUUCUUCUCAUGUUUUUUUCUAUUUCUGGCUGUAUGUGUUGUUGCCUGGAAGGCAAAGCAGGCAGCAGACAUGAGACGCGCGAGAAGACGUCAUGUUGUAGAGAUGCUGCAUAUGGCCAAAAGACCAUUCGCCAAGGUGACGCUGAUGCUGGGCGACGGCGGACAACCCAGACCUAUAGCGAUGGAGCCGACUGAUGAUGGGCUAGCAGCCGUCGGUACUGUCCUUGUUCACCUCCCAGGAGAGCGGGCCGCUCCCGUUCAGCUCGCCAUUGGCUCCUCUCUCAUUCUCCUUGCUCGGGUUUAUCCCAAUAAUAGCCGACCUUUUCUCAGGAGGAGAAGUAUUCAUACGUAG